AUGGGAAGGACAGCAAGAUAUGUCAAAACAGACAGAUGGAGUGUGCAUGGAGGAACAGCACUGAUGAUAGCAGCACGAGGACAUGCAGAAGUGGUGAGGCUAUUAGUGAAACACGAGAGUGGCAUGAAGGAUAGAUAUAACUGGACUCCCCUUAAUCAUGCAAAGUCACGGAAUAACCGGGAGUGUAUGGAGCUUCUUCGAGGUGACCAACCGUUCUGA